CAUAAACAUCAUCCACUCUUUAAUAUCUGCAUCGAUAACAUAAACUCAUCCUACACGCAUAUACGUUUCUAUUACUACACUCUACACUUCCAUGUCUAAACAAUUCACCGAGUUAAUUCCGGGCUUACCCGAAGAAAUCGCCCUAGAGUGUUUAACCCGCUUACAUUUCUCUGCUCAUCGGGUCGGAUCUCACGUCGCCGAGCGAUGGCGCCAAUUACUUCAGAGCAGAGAUUUCUAUUACCACCGAAAGCAAUCGGGUCAGACCCGAAAGCUUGCCUGUUUAGUCCAGUCGCUCCCAGUUCCAAAAGAGCCUACCGGGUCGAAACCCGCAGCUCAAGCACGAUACGGAGUGUCCGUUUUCGACCCGGGUUCGAGAACAUGGUACCGGGUCGACCCGAUUCCAAAGUACCCGGAUGGAAUGCCUUUGUUCUGUCAAGUUGCAAGCACUGAAGGUAAGCUCGUGUGUAUGGGUGGGUGGGACCCAGCGAGUUACGAACCGGUGAGGGACGUGUUUGUUUACGAGUUCACGACUCAGAGGUGGACUCGGUGUCAAGAUAUGCCUUCGAAUCGGUCCUUCUUCGCCGUUGGUGCAAUGGAAGGAAAAGUUUACGUUGCUGGAGGACAUGAUGAUAGCAAGAACGCGCUUAACUCGGCGUGGGUUUAUGAUUUGAGUAGCGACGAGUGGACUGAGUUGACUCGGAUGAGUGAGGAGCGAGACGAGUGUCAGGGGAUUAUAAUUGGGAACGAGUUCUGGGUCGUGAGCGGGUACGAAACGGAUGCUCAAGGACAGUUUAAGAGUACGGCUGAGGCGUUUAGUAUUGACUCGGGCGAGUGGAGGCGAGUUGAAGACUCGUGGACAGUGAGUCAAUGUCCGAGAUCGUGCGUGGGUGUGGGGAAGAAUGGUGAGUUGAUAAAUUGGGCUGAGACUGACUCGGGUGUUCGAGUUGGAGCAUGUGGGGUUAAUCUGGGUAAUCGGAGCCUGGUAACCGGGUCAGAGUACCAGGGUGCAGCACAAGGGUUUUUUUUAACGGAGAGGAGAGAGGGGCAAAAUUGUAAAUCAGUAAAAGUUGAAGUUUCCGAUGAUUUUUGCACGUUUGUACAGUCAGGCUGCUGCGUGGAAAUUUAGGAAUGUAUCUAAUAAAUUACACCCUCCGUGCCCUUUUAAAUAGAGUAUUUCAUUUUUUGCACUA